UGCCAAUAACGACACGUUGCGUGCAUUAAGGAGUACGUGUCAGAGACUCAACGAUAUUGCAACGCCUCUGGUCUUUGCUCAGCUAAGAUACAUGGACAUCAAUCGACUCAGUACAUCCAGUAGAUGUCUUGGUAGUAUACUGCAACGGCCUUUUGCAGAGUUUGUGCGAAAACUGGAAGUUCGUGUUCAGCUCCUACUUCAACCUGCAGCAACAUAUGACACUGCCUCCGCUGGCCCUGUACGGUCUCAUCUUUGCAAGUUGACGAAGCUGGAAGAACUGAUUCUGCAUGAUAUGAGUCCAAAGCACGGUUUCUGGAAGAAUGGCUUUGCGCGGCAGAAUGUCAUCUACACCGCCAACGUCGUUGAUGCAUUGAACGACAUUUUGGCAGCAUCCUCGAAGACGCUCAAGAAGCUGUCUUUUAUCAACUACCGUACUUGCUAUCUGCCAAAUCUCGAACCUCCAGUGGCUCAAGCAAGUCAAUCGAAAACAAGCUUGGCUGGACUCAGUCACUUUACCCUCACUUUGAGACCCAGAAAGCAAAUUGGGGAGUAUGAAUCUGCUCGAGAAUGUGAUGCACGCCUCCACUCACUGUUGCUGUCAGCCAAGAACAUCACUCACUUGCGUCUCGAGCUUGACGAGUUCAUUACAGGUGCAGACCUCUGGCCAGGUUUGUUCUUUCCAAAUCUCUUCAAACUCCACACAGCACGAAUUGAUGCCAUUGAAGCUACUGAUAGUACUUUUAUGAUUUUGCAUGGAAAGACGCUGAAGCAUCGUGUUGUCGAGGAGAGCUUUUUCGUUGGCAGGAGUGCAGAUUGGAGUCGACGUCUCAUGGACUCCAGCAUUCGCUUGGAAUCAUUCAUCGUCAAGAACACCGCCCUCACGGAUCUGGAUCCAGGAGAGGUAGAUGAUCACUUGACGUGGUUCGACUACUUUUGCAUUUGCCCCUUGAAAGUCUAUGAGAUGCACCUCACAAAACGAGACUACUACACACCAGCACUUCAGUCUCAUCUGGACUUCAUGAAGUGGCCUCCUUGUCUAGAAAUGAUCAAGUUGAAGGCUUGUGGUCUGCAACUCGAUCACCUGCGAGAUCGGAUCAUGCGAGAGCACCCGAAUGCGUCAGUGCAUGUCGAGAUGCUCGAAGAGUGGGAUGAGUCUGAUGACUAAGACCAGUAUGGCUAAGCGUGUAUAGUCUUUAUCCUUGUGCUCUCUGCCAUGCGACAGAUAGAACAAUAAUCAGACAGCCAAGUCAC